AUUUCUGGUUGAAAGUAGUGCCGGUUAAUUGCUCUCAAAAUCACCUUGAGGACGCGCGUGCGGCGUUUUGAAGCGCAUCCACUGAGGUAAACGGUUGUAUUCAGAAGGACAUCAGGCAACUCGGAUCUCACCAUGCCGCACUCAAAGACUCAGGACUUGGGCUCUGCCUUCAUCCAGACGCAGCAGCUGAACGCUGCCAUGGCUGACACCUUCCUGGAGCACAUGUGCCUGCUGGACAUCGACUCGGAGCCCACCACUGCCCGCAACACUGGCAUCAUCUGCACUAUUGGGCCAGCCUCCCGGUCUGUGGAAAUGCUGAAAGAAAUGAUCAAGUCAGGCAUGAACAUUGCUCGCAUGAACUUCUCCCACGGGUCGCAUGAGUAUCAUGGUGAGACCAUGAGAAACGUCCGUGAGGCUUGUGAGAGCUUUGAAGCAGGCAGCAUCCACUACCGACCUAUAGCCAUCGCUCUGGAUACCAAAGGCCCGGAGAUCAGAACUGGACUCAUCAAAGGGUGUGGCACUGCAGAGGUGGAGCUGAAGAGAGGUAACCAGAUCAAGGUGACACUGGACGACGCCUACAUGGAUAACUGUGAUGAGAACAUCCUUUGGCUGGACUACAAGAACAUCACUAAGGUGGUGGAGGUGGGCAGCAAGGUCUAUAUCGAUGAUGGACUCAUCUCUCUCCAAGUCAAAGAGAUUGGCUGUGACUACCUAAUUUGUGAGAUUGAGAACGGCGGUACACUGGGUAGCAAGAAGGGAGUCAACCUGCCAGGGGCGGCCGUGGACCUUCCUGCCGUGUCUGAGAAGGACGUGAAGGACCUGCAGUUCGGCGUGGAAAUGGGAGUCGACAUGAUCUUUGCCUCGUUCAUCCGCAAAGCAGCUGAUGUCCACGAGGUCAGGAAGGUGUUGGGUGAGAAGGGCAAGAACAUCAAGAUUAUCAGCAAACUGGAGAACCAUGAAGGAGUCCGUAGGUUUGAUGAGAUAAUGGAGGCCAGUGAUGGCAUCAUGGUCGCCCGUGGUGACCUGGGUAUUGAGAUCCCUACAGAGAAGGUCUUCCUCGCCCAGAAGAUGAUGAUUGGGCGCUGCAAUAGAGCUGGCAAGCCAAUAACUUGUGCCACACAGAUGUUGGAGAGCAUGAUCAAGAAGCCCCGUCCCACACGUGCGGAGGGCAGCGACGUAGCCAAUGCUGUUCUGGAUGGGGCUGACUGCAUCAUGUUGAGUGGAGAGACAGCAAAAGGAGACUACCCUCUCGAAGCAGUGCGCACACAGCAUAUGAUCGCUCGUGAGGCCGAGGCAGCAGUGUUUCACCGGCAGGUGUUCGAGGACCUGCGCCGCUGCACAGCCUACUCUACCGACCCUGCUGAAGCCAUCGCCGUUGGGGCUGUGGAGGCUUCAUUUAAAAUCCUCGCCUCCGCUUUCAUAGUGCUCACUGGUUCCGGCAGGUCUGCUCAUUUGCUUUCCCGAUACCGCCCCCGUGCCCCCAUCAUUGCGGUGACGCGUAACGGGCAGACGGCCCGCCAGGCACACUUGUACCGUGGGAUCUUCCCUGUGUUCUACAACAAACCUGCUCACGAUGUCUGGGCUGAGGAUGUUGACCUCCGAGUCAACUUUGCUAUGGAUGUUGGCAAGGCUCGAGGAUUCUUCAAGACCGGUGACGUCGUUAUCGUGCUUACCGGGUGGCGUCCAGGCUCCGGGUACACCAACACCAUGCGUGUGGUACCAGUGCAGUAGAGAUCCACUCAUUCCAGCAGUUCUGACCUUUCUUCUGCUCUCAUCAUUCAAGUACUUCUAGCAGACUGGCAUUAGCGUUAGCAAGGUUUCCCAGGCUGGGCUUCACCUGUAAGAGGCCAGUUUUGAUAUCUUGUCCAAUCCCAGUCAAGUAUUCUCGCUUAUUUUCUGGCACGUAUCAACCCUUAGUUCUUUUUAAUUCACAAACAGCAGUGUGUCAUUCCUUAUACAAGUCAGACGGCUGUCUGUCCGAGCGCAGUGUAGGUCAGAGCUACUGUACUUAGCAUGCACUCAGUAUUGUUCUAGAACAUUCCCACUGACUGUAGAACCAACAGCGAUGUGCUGAAACAAGAAGGGUACACAAGCAGCUCCAGCUUCUUUACUUUCAACGUGACCAAGUGCAGACGAAUGUAUUCAAGUGUGGUUUUUGUGUCUUCUGUUUUAUUCACCGGUUUUGUUUUUUCUGCACUACACUCCCACAGCUACUGUAGGCAAUGUUACAACCUGUAUUAUACUUGAGAUGUUGGGGAAGCAGCACCUCGUAAUAUAUAUAUAUAUUUUUUUCCUAAUCUGAGUUACUGUUGUCCUGUGUUUUCAAAAAAAAAAAAUGGAGGGGAUUGAAAUGAAGGUUAACAAUUCCAUCAUGCUUCCUCCCGGUUUCUUCUCUCAUGUACGUGUUUCAAGCUUGCAGUGACCGUGGGCAUCGAGUGUCUGUGCAGAUCUCGGAACCACGCGCUUCUGAUUGUAACACUAGGAUUUAAUAUGUAUUGUGUGAUAUCAACUUCACUCUGCUGCACUGUCAGACUGGAUCAACUGAAUAAAAAGAAACACCUGUCAUUA